AUGUGGAGAGAUGAUCCAUGGAUGGACAAGGAUGGACAUGGGGCAAAGUUCCCCAGCCUCGGCGACGAUCCCGCUGACCUCCCCAACUUCCAAACUUCCAACUUCCAACGUCGCCGAGGUCGCAUUCCCUCCACAUUACUCCCUUCCUGCCCUGCGCUAGCCACAUUCCAUUCCACCAUGGCAGCUCAAACCACACAACGGCUCUUGCGAGAGCUGAAGGAUUAUACCAAGUCGCCGAAUGAGUCGCUGUUACACCUCGGCCCGGUUGAUGAGGAGGACCUCCUGCGGUGGGAAGCAGUUCUUAAGGGCGUGAAUGGCUCCCCUUACGAAGGCGGCCUCUGGCACCUCCGCAUCGCGAUUCCUCCAAACUACCCCCUCGCCCCGCCAACAAUCCACUUCACAACUCGCAUUUCGCACCCGAACAUCUCCUUCACGACCGGCGAAAUUUGCCUCACUCUCCUGACGACCGAGCACUGGAGUCCCGUCUACACGCUCUCCUCCACCCUCACCGCUAUCCAACAACUCUUGACAGACCCACAACCUGACUCCCCGCUCAACGUCGAUGUGGCCGCCCUCCUGCGCGAUGGUGAUAUCGCUGCGUGGGAAAGCGUGGUGCGGUAUUGGACCGGUGAGGAGCGUUGGAAUGGGGCUGGAAACCUCGGUCGGUGA